UAUAUAUACUUGUUCCUUAAUUGAUAUAAAAGUCUCGAACUUAAAAUCAUAGUGCUUAUGUUAUUUCAAUUGUUAUCGCCAAGUUCUCGAAUUUUAUAUAAGAAUGAAAACAAUGUAAAGCCGAUAAUAAAAACACAUAUGUAUAAGAUUUAGGCAAAGCACUCGCUUUUCGUUCGUGUGAUGUGCUACCAUUAACUUUAGUACAAAAUCUGUAUGUGAUAAUCUGUGUAAGUAAAUAUUUUAAUCUUUUUUUCAACUUUAUUAUUACAGAUUCGUUUCAAAAGUCGCAUGUGUUGAUAAGUGAUUCUUAUCGGUUAUUUCAUUGAUGAUGGCUCCCUGUCAUUCUCGUGCAACGGUAUUUUCGUAAUUUCUUGUGUUAUUGUUUUUUCUUACUUUAGUACCCAGAAACUCUUUAAUAUUAACAAAUUACAUUUCAUAAAUUAAUCAUAACGAAUAAAAAUACUUUAAAGUAUACUAGGGACCGUCCAAAUAAAUUUGGACAUUCCUCAUGUGUUAUCAAGAAAUAAUUUAUUUUUUCAGUGAAAUGAAAUAAAGUGAUUAAACUAUAAUAGCAAUGGCUAUGAGAAAACGGAGUGGUUCAGGCUCUAAACGCCAACACAAGGGAAAGCUAGUACCAAUCUAUGAGAGCUUUUUUAAAGGAGAAGAUCUGACAUUAGCUCAUCCAAAUUUUUGGAAUGAAUUGUUCCUUAUAAAACCCAUGGUUCCACAUAUAGAAAGUGAAAUUUUACACAUGACUGCAGAACAAUUAAACGCAAGCAAAGAAAAUUUAAAUGCCUUGGUCUGCCAUUGCGUGGAUACAUUAGUUGAUGAACAUCCUUUCAGAGUUGUGUAUGCUCUACAAACAUUAGCAGCUGUUAUACAAUCCAUGUAUAAGAAAGCUAGUCAAGGGGACUGUGGAUUUAACUUAAUCGAUAUCCUAGUAGGAUUUGAUUCUGCUGAACAAAGGAUGACAACUUUAAUGCAACAUUGCAAUAAUUUUUUAACAGGUGAAUACCCUGAUAGCUUAAAAGCUUUAUGCUUAAAGUUAUUGUUAAUUAUUGUAACCGGCAUGGACAACGUUAGUCAGAACACUUUGUUGGAGUACGUUAUGCUUAAUAGUGUUUUUGAAUCUCUGGUUCAAUUGCUGAGAGACACAACAGCUAGAAAUCGCCAUGGCCAUGACGCAGUAUUGCUCUUAACACUUCUAGUCAAUUAUAGAAAGCAUGAAAGAGCGAAUCCUUACAUUGUUAAAUUGUCAAUUCUAGAUGAUGAACUAGCUCUGAACGGAUAUGGCCAAGUAAUAUCGAGUUCAUUGAUGGACUUUUGUAGACAAUUUGCUCAGCAAAGAGCAGAAAUACAAGCAUCUUGGCUGUCUUCCUUGACUAGUAUAGUUGGAAGUAUAUUUGUUGGAGAGGAGGAAGCAAAAACGCAACAAGUCCGCGCAAAUAAUGCAUUGUUAUUAGCACUCUAUGAAUCUACACACUUGAAUCGUAAUUUUGUGACUACCUUGGCUUACACUCAAAGCGAUACGAGUGCUCCGCCUUCUCCGAAUAAUACGUUAGGGCCAAACGCCGUAGCACCUGGAGCACAAUUACCCGACGUAAUGGCUCAACCAUUUAAUUUGUUGGCGACGUUCUUACAGUAUUGUUCAAUAGUUAUGCAAGUGAUUAGAACAGAGGCAAUAAUGAGUAAUGUCAAAUUGUGCUUCCUUAUAUUAAGCUGCAUUGCUGAAGAUCAAUAUGCAAACAGUCUGAUGCAUGAUGCAAACUUGGCUUUCAGAGUACAACUACAUAGAGUACCAAUGCAUCAUAGGAAGAUUCAAGACAAAGCGGCACCCGUGCAACCAUUGGCUGCUACAUUACUUGAUUUGCUGGUCGAAUUUGUUACAUCGCACAUGAUGAAAAAAUUCCCGCUUGAACUUUAUCAUCACUGCAUCGGGGUUUUACAAAGGUUGCUCUGUUAUCAAAAAAGAUGCAGAGUUAGACUUGGUUAUCAAUGGAGGGAUCUUUGGACAGCAUUGAUCAAUUUACUCAAAUUUUUAACCACUCAUGAAAGUCACCUUAUUAAGAAAAUGAAUAUUUUCCCGUUAGCCAUUCAGGUUGUGAAUAUUUUAAAUUUGUUUAUCACUUAUGGAGACACGUUUCUAUCUUCACCGAGUAGCUACGAUGAAUUGUUUUACGAGAUAAUACGAAUGAGGCUUAUUUUUACGAAUUUAAAUGCAAUGGCACUCCGAUAUUCGACAAGCGAAUCUUAUGAGUACAAGGAACAUGCACUAAAAUUAACAAACUGUUUGGUAAACAUGAGAGAUAUAGUGAAUCAUUUCCCACCAAAAAUAGCAGCAUGGUUAGCCAGUGAAAGUUUAUCUACUCCCACGGAACAACAGAUUCUAGCAAUCAUAAUACAGAAUUAUGACAGCCUUACGUUAAAGUUGCAAGAUAAUUUAGAUCAGUACGAAAGAUAUUCCGAGAAGCCAGAUCACGUUGCAUUCUUCGAAGAAAUGGUAACCGGAGUCGUAAUUGACACAAGAGGAUCAAUAGAUUUGAGUACCUUAGAUACACAGGCAAUAUUACAGGAAUUAUCGAAUAUUUCGUAACACAGGUUAUGCAGAAAAAAUGAACUGGGGCCUGUGCAUCAGUUUGUUGUCAUGAUGUAUCAUAAUGUACUUUCUUUUCUAAUACAGUCGGCUUUACAUGUAUUCCUUAAUAUUUCAAGGAAUGUAGUUUAUCGAAUUGCGAAAUGUCACGACGUAAUAUGUUUUGUCAUUACGCUACAUUUCUAUGAAUUCGUGUACACAAGAUACAACGAGUCAUUAUAAUUUAAUAAUUAUAAAAUUGGAAACUAUUUAUUGCAAACAUGUAAUAAAAUUUCACGCUUUUCAUCUGGUAAUUACGAGAUAUAAAAAAAUAAAAUU